AUGCUCUUGUUGACACUUACUACAGUGUCAAUAGCACAAGAUACACACUCGUUCCAUAUGUCUCUAAUGACUAAUUCUCAAUUUCAAUGUGCCAACACAACUUGUUUGCCAUUCGUCACGGUUACUGCACCGAGCAACCGUAUUUGUCAAAUAAAUUGUUUAACUCAUAUUCAAUGUCAAGCGGCUAGUUUUCAUCAAUCAACUUCGAUAUGUGAAUUAUUUACCAAUAUAUCAUACCAAAAUAUGAACAUAUCGAUUCAUACAGAUGGCACUACGAUGAUAGUUAUUUCUGGCACACGACGACCAUUAGAUUUGGCCAGUUCGUCGACAACAUCACCUAAUCCAUCAAUAACAACAUCACCAGAAACUACUUGUAGCAGUAUGUUUCUUAAUCAAACUACGUAUUCAACUGGCUCUACUGUAACCGCAGUAGCAGUAGGUGAUAUAAACAGCGACAACAAACUCGACAUAGUUGUCACCAAUUCUGAUUUGAAUAGCGUCGGUGUCCUUCUGAACAUAGGUGGUGGUAUGUUUGCUUCUCAUGUGGAUUAUCUAGUCGGCUCUACCCCAUCAUCAGUGGCAAUAGCCGACAUGAACAACGACAACAUACCCGAUAUCGUUGUUGGAAACUCUGCUUCGUCUGACGUCAGUAUUCUUUUCAAUACAGGUAAUGGCACAUUUCUAAAUCAAGUCAACUACUCAACCGAUGGUAAUCCAUACUCAGUAGCAAUAGCAGACGUAAAUAGUGAUAAUAAAUCUGAUAUUGUUGUUGCCAAUUAUGAUAUGGAUACUGUCGGUGUCCUUCUUAGUACAGGCAAUGGUACUUUUCUAACUCCAACAAGUUAUGCAGCGGACGCUACUCCAAUGACGGUAGUAGUCGUUGAUAUAAAUAGCGACAAUAAACCAGAUAUUGUGGUAGGAAACUCUAACGCAAACACACUCAGUGUUUUUCAAAACACAGGUAAUGGCACGUUUUUGAGUCAAAUUUUUUACGCAGUUGGCCAGGUUAUGUCCGUAGCAGUAGCCGAUAUAAAUAGCGAUAACAAACCUGAUAUUGUUGUAGUAAAUUAUUUUUCAGACAAUGUUGGUGUUCUUUUUAACAAAGGCAACGGCACUUUUUUCAACCAAACUACUUACUUAGUUGGUCACGGUCCGAUUUCAGUAGCAAUUACCGAUGUGAAUAAUGAUAAUCAACCGGAUAUUGUUGUCGCAAACUCUUCUCCGAAUAAUGUCGGUAUUCUCCUAAAUGCAGGUAAUGGUACCUUUUUGAAUCAAACUACUUAUGAAGUUGGUGCAAAUCCAGUAUCAGUAUUAGUAGCCGAUGUGAACAACGAUAACAAACCCGAUCUUAUUGUUGCAAACUCUGAUGGGCAAAGCAUCAGUAUUCUUUUACAUUGUUAA